UCGGACAGAAAAAGGCAGAUAUGGAGGGAGCCAAUGAUCUCGCCACAACUAAGCAAAGCUGCCUGGUGUCGUUAUCGUCUACCAGUACCACUAGUCAAUGCCCUUUGUUUUUUCAAUUACUCUGCAUCUGCUGAAAGGGUACGUUUAUAUAUAUGUAUCUCUCUCUCUCUCUCUCUCUCUCUCUCCCUACUCGGUUCUAGAACGACAAUCCCCAAAAAUUCCCGUACAAGCUUCAACUAAACGAAUUAACCUGCCACCGUUUCUGUUUGGGAUUGAUUGCUGCUGUGGUUAGAGGCUUGAAAAUAUUUUGGGGGUUUUGAUCUGGGUUUGGAAUUUCUUUUGAAUUUGACUACUCUUGAAGUUUUGACAAAUCUUGGACGACAAGUUUCGGGGUGUGUGGUGUGAGGUCAGAAGGGUUUUUCUGUUCACUUAAUUCUGCAGCUUGGAAUUCGGGUUCACUAGAUUUGAAUUGUUCCUUGAUUUUGUUAGUAUUAUUUUUAGCUGUAAAGAGCUUAAGGAAAGUUGUGCAGUCUGAUUGGGUGUUUAUUAAGAGUAAAGUUUUUUUUUUUUUUUUUCCUUUGGAGAUUCAAGAGUUGUAAAUGGGUUUGUAGGAAUUUAAUGGUUGUAAAAUUCAAUGGAGUCUAGCAACUUUAUGAGAUCACUAAAGAUGUUGGGUUUCAUAUGAAACAGUGACGGAAAGAGUUUGCUUUUCCUUGAGAUUGAAACUUGGAGUGGAUAUUGAAGUUUUUUUAUAAAACUGUUUGAGCUUUGUCUUUUCGUGCUAAAAAUAUCCAAGCAAAGUGAGAGUUUGUGGCAGCUAUUAGAUUUCGGGAAUUUGAUUAGACUUGAAGGUUUGAAAUGGAUGACUCUCAAGGCAGUUCAAAUUCGCUUCCUCCUUUCCUUUCGAAAACAUAUGACAUGGUAGAUGAUCCUUCGACAGAUUCAAUCGUGUCCUGGAGUGCAUCUAACAAAAGCUUUGUUGUGUGGAAUCCACCAGAGUUUGCUAGGGAUCUGCUACCAAGAUUCUUUAAGCACAAUAAUUUCUCAAGUUUUAUCAGACAGCUCAAUACAUAUGGUUUCAGAAAAGUUGAUCCCGAGCAAUGGGAAUUUGCAAAUGAGGAUUUUGUAAGAGGUCAGCCACAUCUCAUGAAGAAUAUCCACAGGCGAAAGCCAGUUCAUAGUCAUUCUCUUCAGAAUGUACAAGGCCAGGGAAAUCCAUCAACUGAAUUGGAAAGACAGAGUUUAAAGGAAGAGAUUGAGAGAUUAAAAAAUGACAAAAAAUUGCUUAUUUUGGAGCUACAGAGGCAUGAGCAAGAGCGGCGAGGAUUUCAAUUGCAAAUGCAGCUUUUGAAGAAGCGUUUUCAGCAUAUGGAGCAGAGACAGCAGAAGAUGUUGUCUUCUGUGGCUCAAGCCUUGCAGAAACCAGGGGUUGCCUCAAAUCUUAGGUCACAAUUGGAAACUCAUGAUAGAAAGAGAAGACUUCCUAGAAUAGGUUACUUCUAUGAUGAAGGCAACAUUGGAGACAAUCAGAUGGAGACUUCCCAAACUGUGGCUAGAGAUAAUGCUGAGAGUACAAGUACUUUGCCACCAAACACAGAACAGUUUGAGCAUUUGGAAUCCUCCUUGACCUUUUGGGAGAAUAUUGUGCACGAUGUUGAUGAAACUGCCUUUCAACCUAAUUCAAGCCUGGAGUUGGAUGAAUCUACAAGUUGUGCAGAUAGCCCAGCCAUAUCUUGUAUACAACUUAAUGUUGAUGCCCGGCCAAAAUCUCCUGGAAUUGACAUGAACGCUGAGCCUGUUGUUGCAGCUGCUUCUGAUCCUGGUGUGUCGAAGGAACCAGCAGCUGUGACCACUGCUCCUGUGACAACCGGUGUCAAUGAUGUAUUUUGGGAACAGUUUUUGACAGAGAAUCCUGGUUCUACUGAAACCCAGGAAGUUCAGUCAGAAAGAAGAGAACCUGAUGGCAGAAAGAAAGAAAGCAAACCUGUUGAACAUGGCAGAUUUUUGUGGAAUAUGAGAAAUGUAAAUAGUCUUGCAGAACAGAUGGGGCAUCUAACUCCUGCAGAGAGAACUUGAUAUUGUUUCAUUGUUUUUUAUUUUUUUCCAGCUUUUGAUGCCCCAUUAUCUUUCAUAAUAAAUUUAGGUAUGAAUGGUUGGAUCUGGCAAUAAAUAGAUGUUCUAUAUUUGUAGUUCAUUGUUUUUCAGAA